GAAUAGAUGACACUGACCAUUUUCUUCAACUGCCGAAACAUUUGCGCGAAUAUUUAUUUAACUAACCCUUUUUCAUUUUUGUUUUUUCAAACGUAACCGUCAUGGAACAAGAAGAACCUAACGUUACGGCGGUCCCCGCCGGAAGCAGCGAUGAAGCUUUACUCGCAUUAGGUGAAGAUGAUGUCAGCAACGGUAACAAAGUUAAAGGUCCUUGGUCUCCUGAAGAAGACGCCGUUCUCAGCCGUCUUGUUAGUCAGUUCGGUGCUAGAAAUUGGAGUCUCAUCGCUCGUGGGAUCUCUGGAAGAUCCGGUAAGUCAUGUCGUCUCCGCUGGUGUAAUCAACUUGACCCUUCCGUUAAACGCAAGCCCUUCACUGAUGAGGAGGACCGGGCUAUAGUUGCUGCUCAUGCAAUCCAUGGAAACAAAUGGGCAGCCAUUGCCAGGCUUCUACCAGGAAGAACAGAUAAUGCCAUUAAGAACCACUGGAACUCUACUUUGAGGCGUCGGGGAAUUGACCAGAUUAGAUUAGAAUCUGGUAUCAUGGUGGAAGCCAAAGCAUCAUCGGAAGAAACUCUAUCAUGUGGAGAUGUUAAUUCUUUGAAAUCCUCAGAAGGAAGAGAUGUUAGCUCUAUGGAGAUUGUGGCCGGUAAACAUGAAGGCAAUGCAAGGACUGAUGAAGUCAGGGAUCCUCCGACCCUUUUUAAGCCUGUCGCACGUGUAAGUGCUUUUAACGUGUACAACACUUUCAAUGGUUCACAGCCUUCAACAUCAGUUCCAAGACCUGUUCCAAUGCAAGGACCUAUUUUACAUCCGCCAAAAUCAGAUGCGGAAAUUUGUAAAAUGCUCAACAGAACUAUUGGUGACCGGUCGGUGCCUAACCAGUGUGGUCAUGGAUGCUGUUCUUCUCUAAAUGGUAACAGCUCAAAAAUCUCUCUGUUGGGACCAGAAUUCAUUGAGUAUUCAGAACCUCAGUCUUUCCCAAGUUUUGAGCUGGCUGCAAUAGCUACAGACAUUAGUAACCUUGCUUGGCUUAAAAGUGGAUUGGAGAAUAGUAGUGUCAAAAUGAUGGGUGAUACUGCAGGCAGGGUUAAUAUGUAAUGGAUUAUAAUUACAUAUUGGAUUGGAUGGAUGUGCAUAAAGUCUAUACUGAUUUCAAACUUAGUAGUAAACAAAAUCUUGGGAUUUGAUAAUGAUGUGAAUCAUUGUAAUAAUGUAUAUGAAUUUGGGGCAUUGACUGAGUGAGUAGUGAUUAGAUCUUAUAUAAUUUACUUGGAAUUGCUGGUACAUUUUUUUAAUGAAUAAG